UUGUAAGUUUAUUUUAGAGACUUUUGAGCUCAGUGGAGAUAUAAUAUAUAACAUACCUGCGUUAUAAAUAAAUUAACUUUAUUUUUGUUUAUUUUUGUUUGACUGAUUGAUUUUGAUACAACUUCUUAAAGUAAUUUCGAGAGACUUUUAUUUUGGCAUUAUACGGAAGUUAUACGGAAGUUUCAGCAGAGUUGGUCCGCUGUGUCUGUACGUGUCAGUGGAAAUGUAAACUUGAGCUGCAUGCCAUGUAAUCGGUUUGAGCUUAAGCAUGGAGUCGUUUUAAUGAUUCUUUUAGCGAAAUAACGACAACCGCGGGUACAGUGGAGAUUAUCCAGAAUCUCCCUAUUGACAUCCAAACCAGUAAACUUUUAGACUGGAUGGUGGACAGGAGGCACUGCACACUGAAAUGGCAAAGUGCAGUUAUGACCAUUAGAGAGAAAAAUCUAUGCUGCCGUUCAGGAUAUGCCAGAUAAUAUAUCCACUACUUCCAUUGUUUACAAAUAAUCUAAAUAUUGAAAGGAACAGAAACUUCCACCAAAAAUGUUUUUGGCAGAUAUUCAUCACAAACGAAAGUGAUGAUGAAGGCACCUGUUAUCUGUUUUAUUUUCUCUUUCAAUGUGUAGUUUCUUUAUUAUUCCUAAUGCUAGACUUUUAUAUAUGCACUAAUGUAUGUUUUUAUUUUUCGUCAACAGGACUGGCAAGAAAUAGUAUCCAUUUAUGAAAACGACAAUGUCUAUUUAGCUGAAGUGGUCAGUCUGUUGUUCCGCAGUGUAAGUUAUGAAGGACCUGCUCUAAGGAAGCAAGUGUCUAAAGCUCAGCAGCUGCAGCAGGAGCUGAGCCGACGAGAACAGGAGUGUCAGAGUGGUGCUGCUGACACGAGGGAAUGUUUUUACAUGGCCUGUAAACAAUACGAUAUAAAGCAGCUGAGUGAGAUGAGUGAAGAAGGUGACAUGGUGGCCAUGAGUCAGUUCCAGCUUGCUCCCUCAGUGAUCCAGGCUCAGACUCCCAAGUGCAUGCAGGUCAUGCUGGCAGAGGUGCGUGGCCUGCUGAACAGGCUCACCAUACUACGAAUGCAGCACCUCUUCAUGAUCCAGGCAUCACCAUGGUAUGUGGAGCGUGUGUCUGAGUUACUGUGGCAGAAACUCAAGCAGGCUGAUAUCUUAGUGCUGAAGCAUGGCACACUGUCUGAAAAACGACAGGAGUUUCUGGAGGAACAGGCCAAGCUGGAGCCCCGCAUCUGCUGGCUACUCGCACCAAGGAACUCCAGAAACUGAUAGGAGCUGCACUGGCAUGACUGGAAAUAGCUUCCCGAGAGCAUUCCAAAGAUGGCCGACAGUGGACUGACUUGCUAGAAAGACUUUGACACAACCAAACAUGUCUAACCUUAUACAGUAUCUCCCCUUGUGCUUUAUCACUAUGUUGUCUCUCUCUUGCCCUGGUGCGACUGGUUUAAUCACAUGGCUGGUACACAUUGUGCUCACAAGGUUGAGGAUCUAAUGGACUCUAAUUUCAGACAAGGCAACAUAUUGCGUGUCUUGGUAGUGUAGACAUGGCAAGAUUGAAAGGGAUGAGUGAAAUUUCUCUCAUUUACUCACCCUCAUGCCAUCCCAGAUGUGUAUGAUCUUCAGCACAAAGAUUUUUAGAAGAAUAUCUCAGGUCUGUAUGUCCAUACAAUGGUGACUAGAACUCCAAAAAGGAGAUCAAAUCAGCAUAAAAGUAAUCCAUCAGACUCUAGUGACUUCAUCAAUGUCUUCUGAAGCGAUCCGGUUGGUUUUGUGUGAGAAAUAGACCAAAUUAUAACAGUUUUUACCAUACAUCUUGACAGCAGUCUCCUUGGCGAUCAUGAUUUCAAGCUUGAUUACACUUCCUAUAGCACCAUCUAGCGAUCUGCGCAUGCGUCAAGCAUGUACAGUGAAAAAGGAGUUCUAUUUUGGUCUGUUCUUGCCGAAAAGCAACUGGAUUGCUUCAGAAGACAUUGAUUAAACCACCGGAAUCUUAUGGAUUACCUUAAUGCUGACUUUAUCUCCUUUUUGGAGUUCUUGUCACUUGCAUUGAAUGGACCUACAUAGCCCAGAUAUUCUUCUAAAAAUCUUUAUGUUCAGCAGAAGAAAGGAAGUCAUAUACAUCUGGGAUGGCAUGAGGGUGAGUAAAUGAUGAGAGAAUUAGUAUAGUAUAUUAUAUGAGUGAACUAACUCUUUAACCAAGAUAUUAUCCAUGGCAUUGGUUUUUCAAAAUUGUAAAGCCCUGCUCCAGUUUUACACAUGCAUGAAUGCAUGCACACGCAUCCAUUCUCUCUUCUCUCUGUCUCCUCCUUUCCCCCCACUGUCUCUGAUGAAGCUAUAAGAAGAGGGUUGCGCUUUGCCCAAUCAUCGUCUGUGCCAUCAAUCAGGCCAGACAGGCCACUGUUUACUGACACAGAAGCCUCAAACAGCAGCCAUUACAAACACUUUGUUUUCCUCCCAGUAGACAAGACCGCAAUAAGACAAAGGUCUAACCAUUUAUCAAACAACCAACUGAAACAUCAUCCUCAUACUGAUUAGUAACCAAGACUAAAAUGGUCACUGGGUGACUGAUCAAACAUCUUUUGGGUCCUAAAAGCUUAAAUUUGCUUUUCAAAAAUCCCCUUGU